AAUAAAAAUUUAGCGGCCACCGACGACCGGCCGGCCGUGCACCCUUCGCACUACUACUGCGCCCGCGGACGGCGUCAGAGGAGCAGCACCCAGCAGCAUGGCCUGCACCAGGAGGCAGUUGUGGUGGGCAUGCCUGCUGGCGGCGUGGUGCUGCGCCGGCGCCGCCGCGGCCGCCCAGCCGCCGGCGGCGGACGCGGACCCGCUGCAGAGCAGGUGCCAGGGGGACUUUGGGAAGCUGACGGACUGCAUGGACUACGCGACGGGGCACGCGGCGUCGCCCUCGUCCACCUGCUGCGGCGACGCCGGCGGCACGCAGAAGGCGCGCCCGGAGUGCCUCUGCUACAUCAUCCAGCAGGUGCACGCGGGGCGCGACCAGGUGCAGUCGCUCGGCCUGCGCUUCGACCGCCUCCUGGCGCUCCCCGCCGCCUGCAGCCUCCCCAACGCCAACGUCUCGCUCUGCAUCAACCUGCUGAACCUGAAGCCGGGCUCGCCAGACUACGCGCUGUUCGCCAACGCCUCCAAGAUCACGCCAUCAGCCGGAGGCAGCCCGGCGAGCGACACCGCCGCCGGCAGCGCCGUUAUCAGGCUCCAGGCUGGGGUCCGAGGCAGCGUCGCGCUCGCCGUGGUCUCUGCGAUCGUCUCGUCAGUCUUCUGAUCCGACCGAUCUCCUCAGAGGACUAGAGGAGAAGCAGCGGUUCUUACACUCCGUGUGGAUUCGUCGUUCUCAUGUUGCGUUCCACUCGUCGAUGUCUAUUUUGUAUUUGUACCCCACAUAAAAAAAAUAGAUCCAGAUGAUACUUGUUUCCCCCGUCCCUGUGGCUUUAACUGUAACCUCGGAUGUUUGAAUUAGCUAAUUAUGUAUAACUCUCAUCGCGUCAA